AUGUCUUCUGUCCCUGCGCUCGUACUGCUUGCUUUCUCCGCAAUAUCCGCAGGAUUUGCGGCAAAUACCACUCAAUGUCGCUGUCUUCUCGGUGAUCCUUGCUGGCCCUCCCAAGCCGACUUCGAUUCGUUGGCACAACAGGUCUCCCAGCCUCUCCUCCACCCCUUGCCUCCGGCACAGCCGUGCUACGUCGACGCAAACUCGUCUCAAUGCGCCUCUAUUUUGACCAACUGGACUGACGGCAAUUGGCGAGCUGAACAGCCUGGCUCGAUGCAGAACACCAACUUCGAGACAUUCACGUUUUUCAACGGCACCAUCGACGCUUGCUACCUCAACUUCACCCUCGGCAUUCCUUGCCAUCAAGGGAGCGUAUCCGUCGUUGGCGUCAACGCGCGCACCGCUAGCGAUGUCCAAGCUGCGGUGAACUUUGCCGCGAAGCAUAACCUUCGUCUUGUCGUGAAGAGCACAGGGCACGAUUAUUUGGGACGGAGCGACGGCAGGGGUUCUUUCAUGAUAUGGACUCAUCACAUGAAGAAUAUCACCAUGCAUCCCAGCUUCCAGCCAACAGCAGCGCCUCAAAACGAGACAUAUGAACAAGCCAUUACUGUCGGGGCCGGCGUGCAGUGGCAUGAGGCCUACGCGGCCGCUAACGCCUCCGGGCGAGCAAUGGUCGGUGGAGUAUCGUCCGGGGGCUCUGUGAGUGCAGGCGGCGGUUGGCCUCUCGGGGGAGGACAUAGCGCUCUUUCGCCGACCUACGGCCUUGGUGUCGAUAACGUGCUCGAGAUCUCCUUGGUCACAGCCAACGGCACACUCCUCAUCGCCAACACCCACGUCAACUCCGAUCUCUUCUGGGCUCUCCGGGGCGGCGGAGGCGGUACGUUCGGUGUAGUCACCUCGGUAACAUACCGCACGCAUCCUGUCGUGCCCGUCAUCGGCGCCUUCCUCCUCGCCAACAUCACCGGCUCGCAGCCCAACGCUGCCGCUCGGGAGGCGUUCACAGAGCUGGUGCGCAUCACCCCGAACUUGACGGACGCCGGCUGGGGUGGAUACACCAUGUUCGAGGUAGGCGACAACAUGAUCUCAGUCACUCUGACGUACAUCAUCCCGAACGUGUCCUGGGAAGAGGCAAACACGACAAUUCUUCCCUACCUCAACUUCGUGCAGGCGCUCGCUGCGAACUCGAGCUCGGAUCCGAACCCCUUGAUCGUGACAGCCGCGUUCACGGCGCCGUUUACCUCGUUCCUGGACUGGGACGCACAGGUGAUUCCAAAGACUGGAGAUGUGGGCUUCAACACCGAGCUGGGGUCUUGGCUCCUCCCCCGAAGCACCUUGAAGAGUGCGCCCGAGGUCGUGGCAAACACCGUGCUAAACACCUCAUUUGCCUACUACCCCGUUGCAGGAGGAGCAGUCUCCCGCGUCGACCCCGAUGCAACUGGCCUGAACCCAGCCUGGCGUACGGCUAACGUGCACGUCAUAGCGGCGACGAAUUGGCCCGAGGGCGCGACCUCCGCGACGAUCAAUGGACUACGCCAGGAUCUGGAGGACAGCACCGCACGGCUGCGGGCCCUCGCCCCAGAGUCAGGCGCAUACUUAAACGAGGCGUCCCUGUUUGAGCCCGACUUCAAGCACUCGUUCUUCGGAUCCCACUAUGACGCGUUGCGGGCGAUCAAGCAAGUGUACGAUCCGCUGAGUCUCUUCGUCGUGGCAGAAGGUGUGGGGUCAGAUGAGUGGGAUAAGGAGUUGAGGUGUCGUAUCUAA